AGGAAGUACAACAACACCAGAGAAACGCUGGCUGGUUAGCCGCUGGUUAGCAUGCAGAGCGUUGUCUGAAAAAAAUAGUGAAUAAAUUAACCUUAGAUUAAAGAGUGCACAUUCGUCAAUGCUUUAUCGGCGGUACAUUUGGUCGACAUCAGGACAAUGUCGGACAGGAAACGAAGAAGAGAGAAGGAGGACAGACGAGAGCACAAGAGAAGUAAAACAUGCAAAGAGGAUUUAGAGAAACUCAAAACACACACGAAAAAACUCAACCAAGAAGUCCAGAAGCUGAAACACGUCGAGACUUUCUACGAGAAACCUCCGCCUGGAUACAUAAAGGAGCAUGAGGACAAACCAGAGGACUGUAUCCCUGCUGAACCAGGAAAUGAAGAGGCAAGGAACUUCCUGGCUCACGCGCCCACCAAAGGGCUGUGGAUGCCUCUGGGGAAGGAGGUGAAGGUGAUGCAGUGUUGGAGAUGUAAACGCUACGGCCACAGAACAGGAGACAGGGAGUGUCCGUUCUUCAUCAAAGGCAACCAGAAACUGGAGCAGUUCAGGGUGGCUCAUGAAGAUCCGAUGUAUGACAUCAUACGUGAAAACAAAAGGAAUGAAAAAGAAACAAGGAUCCAGCAGCUGCAGCAGCUACUUCAGGACACCACCUCCUCCUCCUCCGAUUCAGACAGCUCCUCCUCUUCCUCCUCCUCAUCCUCCUCCGGCCAUCAUCGCAGCAAGAAAAGGAAGAAGAGGAAGGACAAAAAGAAGAAGGAGAAGAAGAAGAGGAAAAGGAAACGAAAGCACAAGUCUUCCAAAACUAGCGACUGCUCGGACUCGGACUGAGUGUCUCUUCAUAUCAUAUGAUUAAAAUGUAGCAGGAGACUGUUAAUGAAGUACAUAGUAGCGAUGCGUUCUGCAGAGUUAAAAAAAACUGCACUUUGAAGCUCUUUUUCUGCAGGUUAAAACCCUAAAACUGUAAAUCCAGCGCGCAUGACUUCUCUCCAGGCUGACGACUCACAUUAACAUCCUCUCUGUUAGCCACACAGCGCAGGGUCAUAUGGAAAGACUGUUAAGUUAGUGUGUGUGCCACGGUGCAUAUGUGUGUCAAAAAGCAUUAGCUGCAUGGGUAAUGAAUCUCUAGUGAUAUGAAAUGAGCCUGCUGCUGUAAGAGAUAAUGUUCUGCAGUAUGAAAGCAUGUCAGCAAAUACAGUGUAUUAUUAAGAGAUUGUAUUUUCCACCGUAUUUUAUAACCCCGGCCAUCCUGCUGCAUUUAGAUACUUUGAUUGUAGAGUAUGUUUAACUCAGCGUUGGGAAACUUUAAUUAAAUGUUUGAGUACAGUUUAGAUUUUGUUUUCCACAUUAGCUGGAAUGUUUGAAUGCAUGUGACUGUACAUAAAUAUUUGGAAUUAUUUGA